AAACGAUGACAUGACGACGACCAAUGAAAAUCUUAAAAUCCCGGAAAUAACGCCAGUUUAAAUCUUGGGCGGCGCUUGCGUUGACUUUGCAGCGACAAAAAGCUAAAAUGGAGACCAGCCUGUCUAGGCUUCUUGUUGGACUCUCUGUACAAAUCAGCCGCAGUGAUGGUCGAGUGCAUCUGGCAACGGUGAAAUCCGUUGAAACCGCCAAGUCCACGGUUAUGGUAGAGUGGCAUGAGAGGAACAUCUGCCGAGGGAAGGAGGUUGAAGUGAGCGAGUUGUGUACACUCAAUCCAGAGCUUCUGGACCAUAUAAAAGCUGUCACCAACAAAGCUGCUGACCCAACACCACCUGCUCCAGACAAGAAGUAUGAGGGUCGACUGCGCUCAUCCAGGAUUCCUGCCCCUUCCUCCUCCUCUGCUCCAGCUGUUGCCAAGGUUGAAGAGUCAGGUCGGCAAGUUGCCAGUCGGUCUCAGGCCAGGCAGACGUGUAUGUUCCAGGCCCCAGCCCCUGUUCCAGCACCAGUCCCAACUUCUGAGUCUUCUCAGGGAAGCCCGGAGACAGUCCACCCUAGUGUCCCCCCAUCAUCAGGCCUUACAAAUUCUGUAAUUCCUAAUCAGCAGCGUAGAAAGAAUGAAACCAGACCAGCACAGUCGAUGCCUUUUGUCCGUGAGGCCAUAAAAGAAAAUGAUGAACCUGAGAGAGUGCCUGCUCCACCUCCAGUCAAAGGCAGGAGAAAAUCUGUGGCUCCCCAAGAGUUAAACAAAGGCAACAAAAGGGUAUCUUGUGUCAUAAAGCCCCCCGAAAUGCAGACCAAGAGGGGAAAGUUUGGAGAGGCUUCUCGACCAAACCAAAAGUUCUACGAGAUGAUCCAAGAUUUCAGAGAAACCUUGGAAAUAACCCCCAUAUCAGCUACUGACCUGAUCGAACCUCACAGGAUUUGUGUGUGUGUUCGCAAGCGGCCCCUUAACAAGCAAGAGAGUAAUAAGAAGGAGAUUGAUGUGGUGUCUGUACCCGGGAAAGGUGUACUGCUGGUCCAUGAGCCAAAACAGAAGGUGGACCUCACCAAGUACUUAGACAACCAAAUCUUUCACUUUGACUACUCCUUUGAUGAGACCGCCACCAACGACCUGGUCUACAAGUUCACAGCCAAACCUUUGGUGCAGUCCAUUUUCGAAGGUUGCAUGGCAACAUGUUUCGCCUAUGGCCAGACAGGAAGUGGAAAAACUCAUACGAUGGGAGGUGAUUUCACAGGGAGGCAGCAGAACAGUGCCAAAGGGAUCUAUGCCUUGGCAGCCCAUGAUGUUUUCGCCUAUCUCCACCACAGGAGGUAUGCUAACCUGGAUCUUUCUGUCUACGUCAGCUUCUUUGAGAUUUACAAUGGCAAAGUGUAUGACCUGCUGAACAAGAAGUCCAAGCUCCGUGUUCUGGAGGAUGACCGGCAGCAGGUUCAGGUGGUGGGCCUUGAGGAGGUCUACGUGACCACGGCAGAAGAGGUCAUCAAGAUGAUACAGACGGGCAGUGCUUGCAGAACAUCAGGCCAGACCUCAGCCAACGCCAACUCAUCCCGCUCUCAUGCGGUCCUCCAGAUUGUGCUACGACGGAAUGACCGUGCCACCACGCUACACAGCAAAUUUUCAUUGGUCGAUUUGGCAGGCAACGAGCGUGGCACAGACGUCAGCAGCAAUGACCGCAGUACUUUGGUUGAGACCGCAGAGAUAAACCGCAGCCUGCUGGCUCUCAAGGAAUGCAUUCGUUCACUGGGGAAAAACAGUGAUCACAUUCCUUUCCGGAUGAGCACUUUGACCAAAGUACUCAGGGAUUCCUUCAUUGGAGAAAAGUCCAGGACCUGCAUGAUUGCUAUGGUGUCUCCAGGAAUGACUUCAUGUGAAUAUACAAUGAACACACUACGUUAUGCUGACAGAGUGAAGGAACUGAAUGGCAAUUCAAAACCCAGUGAAGCAGCUAAGGCACAGGAGCCUAUAAAUAGCUCCUCAGACGAGGAAUCUGUUGUGCAUACCGGUGUCUUUGACGCCAUAUCCCAAGUGGCAGAUCUGGAGGAGAAGGUUUAUGUAGAGCUCCAGAGGGCAAAUGAACUCGUUAAGGCAAUGGAGCAAACCUCGUACAACAUCGAGGCAGGACUUCCCGACCUGGUGGAUCAUUCCCAGAAGUUAUUGGACACAGUACUGGCUUUGCAGUCUGCUGUGGAUCAGGAGAGAAUGGCGAGGUUGAACCACUGAGAUGAACCCAAAAACCCAUCCAGGCUGGCAAAUGUAUUGAAACUGUUGUCUGUUGUGAAGCAGUUCUUUUUGAUUUUAUUGUAUUAAUGACUGUAUUCAAUAAAAAUGUAUUCAAACACUUA